AUGGCAGGUGUGGUCAAUCAACUUCCUGCAAGUGAAGAUCAUCAACGUCAUCUUGGCAUGGAUUCUGAAAGUCAAGUCUUCAGCAUGGAGGGCAACAGAAAGAAGGGUUACCGCUGUGUGCCAUGCAUCAAGUUCAAGAAAGGAUGCAGAGGUACUCCUCCCGUCUGUGAUACUUGCCAAAAGGCAAAUAGAGCUCACAGAUGUUCUUUCGAUGAUGGUGAAGUUGCUGCAGCGUAUGCAGAGGCGAGGGCUAGGAACGUUACACCUGGCCGAAAAAAUACAGGAUUGCGGGCUAGCAAUGUCGAAAUCGACCAGCCAGCCAAAGCCUCCCCAUUCAGUGGAGAGGCCACAACACGGUCAAUGCAAACUUUGAUGCACCAAGAUGGUUCAGAUCAAACACAAACAAGGAAGCGCAAAGCGCCAGGAGACUCUGCUGAUUUGGAGUCUGUCGCCACAUACUCAUCAUCUCGGCAAGAUGUGGUCUCAGAAGAGCUAGAGCUAGAUCAGACUACUCUUCAAGGACAGUAUCAACCACGAAUGCCACCAACUCCACAACUAACACGAGAAGCACGCACAAAUCUACAGAAACGUACCAUCCAUGCAAUGUCCUCUGACGAGAUUGCGAAGGCAAAGAACUCAUUGACACGCAAGUUCAUCAACGAGUAUGACGCACCAUUCUCCAGAUCUCUCCUGCCGAUACUCGAAGAGAUGGUCAAUGGGGCAAUAGACAGCCGCACGUCAAACGAUGGGAUGGAAGUAUAUGCACAGAUCAAAGCAUUCUUUCGUUAUGUAUGGAGGUUGGUCCUCUCCUGCAUGUCAGACCAGGAAUCUAGGAAACUUGGAGCCAGACAACACGAAGUACCAGGUCGGAAGCUAAUGUCGAACAAGCCGGUCACCGAGCGCGAGGUCGAGGAGUUCUUUUUUGCUUACAUCUGUAUUCUAUACGGCAAGCAGGCUGACGAGAGUGUCUGGGCAGAGUCUGCACAAGAGAAAGCACGAGCUUGGUAUCUAGUAUUCGUGGAUAACAACUGGGAUUACCUUAGAGAUUGUCUAUACUGGCAUGAGUGCGAGGGAUUGGGCUAUCAGAACAAGGCUGACUGGUUGAGUCAAUGGCUUCGGGCGAGGAGUCGAGCGUCUGGACUUGGUGGUUGA